AUGGCGCGAAAUUCGGAAAAGGCGCAGUCCAUGCUCUUUCGCUUCCGCGAAGCACAAGCAGCGGACCUGGGCAUUAUCGACAUCGGCAGGACGAGGCGGCCAAGAGUGAUCACCGAGGUUGACUCGAUACCAUCAUGCGAAAAAUGGCGUGGCCAAGUGCUCAAGGAGAUCUCUCGCAAGGUCUCCAAGAUCCAGGACCCUGCGCUGAGCGACUAUCAAAUCCGCGACCUCAAUGACGAGAUCAACAAGCUUAUGAGAGAAAAGUACAUGUGGGAGGUGCAAAUACGAAAUCUUGGAGGACCCAAUUAUAUGCGCGGAGGUGGUAAAAUUUACGACGAGCAAGGAAGAGAGAUACCCGGCGGCGGCAAAGGCUAUCGCUACUUUGGACGCGCGCGAGACCUUCCAGGAGUCAAAGAACUAUUUGAAGCUGCGAAAGCGAAGGCGUCAGACGAGAAGCCUUUGGAGACGAGAGACGACUUGCGAAAACAGGUUGAUGCUGCGUACUACGGUUAUGCGCCGAACGAAGAGGACAAGGAACUUCUUGCGUAUGAGGCGGCCAAGGAGGAGGAAGCGUUUGAGCAUAUGGCCAAGACUGGCCAGCAACAACCACCGCCCGAUUGGGAGCCGCUGCCAGGCGACAUAGGUGAUGGCAAAGGCUGGGAUUUACCGACAUUGGAGGAGGUUCAGGAAGAGUUGAUUAACAGGAGGCGGCAGAAGCUGUUGGACCAAUUAUAG